AUGUCUCGAGGAAUUUUCCGCAAACGUUUUGAAAAAGUUCUCGAAGACAUUCCGAAAGAAAAACUAGGAGAACCAAGAAUCAGAUGUGCCCCUACAGGAAUCACGGUUCUACUUGAAGCCGACAGCCCGUUCAAAGGUGCAUUGUUUUUGAAAGGAUCUGCUGAUAAAAAAUCUUGUAAAGCCGAUUUCUCAACACAGCCAAGUCAAAACAUCAGUUUUGAAUUUGGUUUUGAUGACUGUCCGAGCAGGAGAAAAAGACAGAUUGCGGCUCCCCGUGGAAUGACUAUGUCUUCUGUGCUCGUUGUUUCGUAUCAUGGAUCCAUAAUCACUCAUCGUGACGUGGCAUAUCAAAUUGAUUGCUUCUACCGAGAAGAAAAUAGUAAAGUGGAGACGAUGUUGGCUGUGAACGCACCACAACCGAGGAGUUUAAGUGAUGCUCCUAAAUUACCUACAUGUGAUUACCGUGUGGAAGUCACUGGUGGGAAAGCUGUGGCAGGAGGAGUCGUCACUUCUUCUCUGUCCGAAUCCGCGCAAGUUGCAAAUGUUGGCGAUUCUGUCAUUCAUAUUUGGACAUGUUCUGGUGAUACUCCAAGUGAUAUCUAUUGCAUCCAAGUGUAUAGCUGCACAGCUGAGGAUGGUGGUGCUGAUAAUGUGCAAGUAGUUGAUGAGAAUGGAUGUACUACGGAUGGAGAGCUCCUCUCCCCGAUUAAGUACAAGGAAGGAUCAAUGAGAGCAGCUGCAAGCUCGCAUGCUUUCAAAUUUGUGGACAAUCACAUAGUUUACUUCAAAUGUAAUAUUAGAAUCACUAUGAAGAGUCCUACGGGAGAAUGUCCGGUCAAUAAUUGCUCCCCAGAAGGAUCAACAGGCACACUUUCUCGUAAAACUCGCUCUCCAAACAUCUCUGAAUACCCGUUCAUCAUAUUCCCGAAAAUUUUCAAAUUCAACACUCCGCGAUUGGAACUGCCUGAAUACAGUAUCUUAGUAACUUCUGGAGAGAUUAUUGUGGAAGAGGAACAUGCUAAAAAUCAUAUUUUGUCAACUUAUAGACCGAACAAGGAACUUUUCUAUUCUCAUGAGAAAUCUAGAUAUUUCAACAAAGCAAACCGAUUCUUGAGUUUUUUAAAUCUCUUCACUGUACUCUUGCUUUUGCUGUAA